AUGUCUCGUUCAUCGGCGGUCAAUGAUUUUAUUGAUAAUGCGUUAGAUGAUUCAUCUGAAGAAAUGAAACAUGAAGAUGAAAAAGAUCUGAAUAACGGGUUAUUCGAUGAAUCAUUUUGGGAUGUCGAUAUUUCAGUAUUAAAUUCAUCUUUCUAUUCUGUAUUAUCAACAGCCAUUAUUAUUCCUGUUGAAGAAUAUGUACUCGGAGCCGAUGUAGUAGUUGUAAUUUAUGAGGGUAGUUCGAUUCUCUUUUUAACAGAUUUACAUUUUUUCACCAUUAAAGGAGAUGAUGAAGGUGAUGCCAAUAUUUUGUUCAAGUCUUUAGCUUUGAUUGUGAGUGGAGAAGAAUUAUAUAUUAGAGAUCAUGGUACAUCAAUACUUGCGCGAUUCUUUUCUAUAGCUGAACCUUCCGUUUCCUGA